AUGUCUUCCCACCUCCACCCCCGGAGGGUGGAGCAACCCGCUCCCGUCUCCAACGAACUCGAUCCUCGCGGUGUCCACUUCUUGAGCGACUGGGAUGUCUCCGACUUCGACAGCCUCAAGUACUCGUACGGCCUUACCGGUGUCGACCAAGAUGGCAACUUCCUCUGGGUCGAUGUCUUCCUGUACAUGCUUCUCGCUCUCGCAGUGCUCCUCCUCGGCCUACGGAUAGCUAACAUGUUCUGGCGGCACCAGCGCCAUCUCUCCGUCAUGGCCAACCCUCACAAUCAAAACUACUGGUCAUCCAACAAGACUUCCUGGUGGCCAUGGCUGAACCGCCACGUGCUCGCGGCGCCUCUGUGGAAGAAGCGCCACAACGCCGCAUUCCAGAUCUCGAGUGCAAUCGACAAUGGAACCCUACCCGGCCGGUGGCACACAAUCAUGCUCUCCGUCUACUGCGGGCUCAACAUCGCUUGGUGUGUAGCUCUUCCAUACGGCCAGCUGGAUCACAGAGCAACUGUGGCCGCGCUCCGUGGCCGUACUGGAACCCUCGCUGCUCUCAACCUCAUCCCUACCGUCCUCUUUGCGCUCCGAAACAACCCCCUCAUCACCCUCCUCCAGGUCUCGUACGACGACUUCAACCUCUUCCAUCGUUGGGCCGCACGCAUCACCAUUGCCGAGGCCGUUGCGCACACUGUCGCAUGGUUGUACAACACCGUCGACGUAGCAGGUUGGAAAGCUGUUGGCGAUGGUCUUCGCACCGAAGGCUCCUACGGCUGGGGAAUGGUUGGCACUGCUGCCUUCUUCUUCAUUGGUGUCCAAGCUUGGUCGCCGUUCCGCCACGCAUUCUACGAAACCUUCCUCAACAUCCACCGCACCAUGGUCAUCGUUGCGCUCAUUGGUCUGUACAAGCAUCUCGAGAUGCACCAUCUCCCCCAGGUGCCAUGGGUCCAGCUCGUCAUGAUCUUCUGGGCUGCCGAGUGGUUGUUCCGCGGCCUCUCUAUACUGUACUUCGGCUUCAGCUUCAAGAAGAUGUCUUCCAUCAAAGUCGAAGCCAUGCCUGGUGAGGCCGUCCGUCUGACCAUCGAUCUGGUCCGCGAUUGGCACCCUCGCCCCGGUUGCCACGUGCACAUGUGGAUGCCACGCAUGUCAUUGUGGUCCUCUCAUCCCUUCUCCGUCGCAUGGGCCAGUACACUCUCUCCCGACUCCAAGGAAAUGACCCUGCCGAUCCUCGAAGGCGACGCUCUCAUGGCUCCUGGUGCUCCUCAAAAGUCCCGUCAAAUCAGCCUCAUCUGCCGUGCGCGAACAGGUAUGACACGGCACAUGUACGAGCGCGCAUGUAAGAUGCCCAACGAGCAAUUCACCGCUUGGGGCUUCAUCGAGGGCCCCUACGGCGGCCACCACAGCCUCGAUUCGUACGGUACUGUCGUGCUUUUCGCUGGCGGUGUUGGCAUCACGCACCAAGUCAUGUACCUCAAGCACCUUGUCGGCGGCUACUCAAACCGCACGACCGCCACACAAAAGGUUGUCCUCAUCUGGACCGUCCCCGACUCCGACUGCCUAGAAUGGGUACGUCCGUGGAUGGACGAGAUCCUGCGCAUGCCCCAACGCAAGCACGUCCUUCGCAUUAAGCUCUUCAUCUCCAGGCCCAAGGGUCGUGUUGAAAGUUCCAGCGAAACCGUCAAGAUGUUUGCGGGCCGUGCGAAGGCCGAUGCGCUGAUCGAAGAAGAAGUCAGACAUCGACAAGGCGCCAUGGCGGUGACGGUUUGCGGAUCCGGUGGUUUCGCAGACGAUGUUAGAAAGGCGGUCAGGCCGUGGUUAACGGAAGGAUGCAUAGAUUUCAUCGAGGAGGCGUUUACGUAUUAA